CAUUUCGUUGCUUUUUUCUGGCGGCUGCUUUAUUAUAAAACACCAUACUUUUUUGCAUUAGCACGAAGAUAAAAACCGAGUUUUUCGAGAUAUUAAUCAAACUUUAAUUAAAAGAUCGAUUUUAAAAUGAGUGUCGAAGGGGAUGUAAUGAGAAUCCAGAAGAAACUUAGCAAAAUGUCUAGCGGCGACGGAGAGAGCCAAGAGCAAGCGCUCGAUCUAUUGAAAUCACUGCAGACGCUGAACGUCGACCUGGAAAUUUUAACGAAAACCCGUAUCGGAAUGACGGUUAACGAACUGCGGAAGUGCAGCAAGGACGAUGAGGUGAUAAGUCUGUCAAAAACGUUGAUAAAAAACUGGAAGAAAUUCUUGGCCAGCACACCAACGAGCAAAGAUUCUCCCAGCAGUCAAACAAGUACCAGUUCAAAAUCAUCGUCAAAAUCCAGCAACAGCGCCCACAAAAAGUCAACAUCCGAUUCGAAAAAGGAGGAAAAAGACAAAGACCGAAACAAAAUUCAAGCGAGUUUUCCCGCAUCCAGCACAAUGACCGAUGCCGUUCGGCUAAAAUGUCGCGAAAUGCUGGCCACUGCAAUCAAAUUGGGCGGAGAGAUGCCCGAGGGCUGUAAUACUCCGGAAGAAUUGGCCGAAGAACUGGAGGAUUGCAUAUACAUGGAGUUCAAGAACACGGACAACCGAUACAAAAAUCGUGUUCGCUCACGUGUGGCCAAUUUGAAGGAUGCGAAAAACCCGACGCUUCGAACCAAUUUUAUAGCUGGAGCGAUAACUGCACAAAAAUUGGCCAAAAUGACACCGGAAGAAAUGGCUAGUGAUGAAAUGAAGAAAUUGCGUGAUAAAUUUGUCAAGGAAGCUAUCAACGAUGCUCAGUUGGCUACGGUACAAGGAACACAAACCGAUUUAUUGAAAUGCGGUAAAUGUCGUAAGCGCAACUGUACGUACAAUCAAAUACAGACGAGGUCGGCCGAUGAACCUAUGACCACAUUUGUACUAUGCAAUGCGUGUGGUCAUCGCUGGAAGUUUUGCUAGAUUAACAAAAAAGAUUUGUUUUUGGAUUCAGAUGAACGCGGAUGGGAUGGCGGUUGAAUUCUUUUAUUGUAUCGAUAUUUUUUACAAUACUUUUGCAUCUCGUGUGUGUUGAGGGUUUAGAAUUAAGUGUUCUGGUUAUUGUGAAGGCCAGUCAACUAUUCCUGGAUUCCUGGAUCGAACCCUCACCGAUAUUUUGUCAUUACAGAAGGAAACCCUAAAUAAACAAACUAAACAACACAGACUUAAUAACAUUUAAUUGAACGAAUUUUAAAAAUGUCCAAAUUGAUUAAGCUUUGUACCAUGUACAUCAGAGCAAUUUGUGAAAAAUAAAGAUUUCAAAAUAAAUUCAA